CUUACUUUACUAAGAAAAGUAGCUUUACAUAGCAUCGAAAAGGAAAGUGAAAGCAAAACUUUCAACUUCAAUAAAAGUUGGUGCACAAGCAGCACACAGCAGACAGCACCAUGACUGAGUUUCAUCAAGAACCCAGGCCUGGAGACCUGAUUGAGAUUUUCCGCAUUGGCUAUGAGCACUGGGCCAUCUAUGUGGGAGGCGGUUAUGUGAUCCAUCUGACUCCCCCAAGUGAGUACCCUGGGGCCGGCUCCAGCAGCGUCUUCUCUGUGCUGAGCAACAGAGCCGUGGUGAGACGGGACCGCCUGCAGGAUGUGGUGGGGAACUGCCGCUAUAGGGUCAACAAUCACUUGGACCACAAAUACACACCAAGGCCUGUGAAUGAGAUCAUCUACUCUGCAAAGCAGAAGAUUGGUCAGGAGAUGCCAUACAGUCUUCUGAGCAGAAACUGUGAGCAUUUUGUCACCAACCUGAGAUAUGGUGAACCCCACAGCAGGCAGGUGACAAAUGUCCUGAUUGGAGGAGGGGCAACCCUGGGAAUUGGCUUCAUUGCUGUUCUUGGAUACUCUCUUUUAAAGCGGCGAUCCCAAAACCAGUGACAGCCUGAAGGAGCCACAAAUCCUGCAUCUGGGCACAUCAAUGGAGACACCUCACGGCUCUUCUGUCUGCUGGACCCUUGCCCUCAGGCAACCUUGGUUCUGUUUCUCCCCUUCCCUCACUCACUGGCUGAAGGAUGGGCUAAUUGUAUCAAAACCAAAGAAUCAAUCAGUAAGUGUAUCUUAAGAAAGGAA